CCUUUAGCGCUUUACGUGCUCACUGCUCACACCUAGGCCUCAUCUCAUUUCCGGCCUGGUCAAAGAAAUAUUGAAACGGAACAACGCAUUUUUCUUGUUCUUUUGAUUCGGAACAGGAAGUCAAGGGAAGAAAUCUCACCGAACAAGCUCAUUCUCAUCCUUAUAUCCAGUUUUUCUUCGGAGUUGCUCUCCCUUUUUAUCUCACUUCCCGGCGCCUAUCUGGGAUUUGUUUUCAUGGAUUUCUUCUUCACUUUUCUUGGUUAAGCAUACGGAGACAUGGCUUAUAACGGAAGAGUUAACCCGGACUGUUCGUAUGCGUCUAAUCCAUACCAUGAAUGCACCGAAACUUGCCUGAGAAAGAUCAGGGAGGCCCCGCCACCGCAAAAUAAAAAGAGUUCAGGAGUCAUUCCUUUGAAGUUUGGAUGGAAAAAGAAGCUAGAUUCCCAGCCAGAACCUCCUGCUAUCGACAGAACUCCUGCCUCGAAAGUCAGGGCAAGUUAUCGCUUUGAAAAGAAAAAGGUGGAGACAAAAACCAAUGAGCGCGUCUCUUCUGAGCCAGUUUCUACGGAAAAAUAUAUCCAACAUGUGAUGCCUAUCUAUCAAAAAGACCAAGAAAAGGAUCAUGUUGAGCACUUUGCCAGUAAUCACACACAGGCAAAUCAAGAAAAUGAAAGAAAAGGUGUAGAUAAAGUUGUUCCAUGUGCCCAUGCUGAUGACACAGGUGAAAGUCUUUCUGCUUCAGCUGGUAGAUUAUUGGAUUUUAGUUUGUCAGGUAUUAGUAUUGCUAAUGGUGACGAAGAUAGUGAGGAAGAGACAGAGUCUCUUGCUUCUGAACCUCGUGUUCCUGUUGGAAAUUACCGUGUGAGAGAAAGUUAUGCUCCUAUUUUACGCUCUAUUUUUGACAAGUAUGGGGAUAUAGGAGCAAGCUUUCAAUUAGAAUCAGCUGUCAUGCGCACAUAUUACGUGGAAUGUGUAUGCUUUGUUGUGCAAGAGUUACAGUCAACCUCAAUAACGGAGUUCUCAAAAUCAAGAGUCAAAGAAUUAAUGGCUAUCCUUAAGGAUGUAGAAUCUGCCCGACUCCAAGUAGCUUGGUUGCGAAGCAUGCUCAAUGAAGUUGCUGAAUAUAUUGAACUGAUCAAUCAGCAUCAAGCCGUAGAGAUGGCCAAGGCCAACUCUGACAGUGAAAUAGAAUCCCUGAGGGAGGAGCUUGAAUCAGAAUUGAAAACCUUGGCUCAGAAAGAGCGGGAGGUUGCUGCUAUAAAAACUCGGGUUGCGGAGAACCAAGAUCGCUUGAGGGAGCUGGAGCUGACGUCUUGUGAACUGGAUAAGAGCUUGUCGUCGAUCAAGUCCAAGGUUGAUAGUUUGGAUGGAAAAUCCUUGAUCGAAGAAAUGUUGGAGUGCAAAGUGCGUGUGAAUCGUGUUUGAUUGCGUUUAACUAGUAGGAUGUUAGUGGAUUAUAAAACGCAUAUAAGCAAUACAUGCUAGUGGGUCAAACGCAUGGCAUACGCAUUUUGGCGUUAUUGCAAGAUUUUCGGGUAGGCAAUAUUGAGGGUGACUGCAAUGGCCGGGGUCAACCAGUAGUCACGGAGUAUGGUUUGAAUCUGUCGUGCUAUUUGUAAAACUAGAUUGGAUAAUAUAGGCUACUUAGUGUCUCUUUCGGGCGCAGACAAUGGUCUCGAAAGAUGCUUUUUAAGCUGGCAUUCAUCCCGGUAUGGUGCCCGGGGGAAACAAAACAUUUUGAAACAGCAAAGCAUGAGAAAGCCUGCCACGAUCAUUUGGUCAUUGAUCAGAACUAUCAUCUGCAUUAACUUCAUAACAACCGCGCUGGAAUUAGAAGCCAACUUGUCAAAACAUGCCAUUGAUCAGAGAGAGUAAAUCCAUCCACCUAUUCCGCUAUCUCCCAAUCCUCUCAUAUAUAGCCCAGCCUCAUGCGGCGAAACGCCAGGAUGUUUCCGCCGAACGGUUAAUUCCUAAUGGUCGUUUGAUGUAUUUUCAAUUAGUUUUCUUAUGAACGUCAUUUGAGGGCAAUUCGUAUCCAAAUGCUUUCUCUUCAGUCA